UGUGUGAAUGCCUUUGCCACGGAGUAUGGAGGGCCAGGACAGGGGCGGCUGGCCCGCAGCUUGGGGUGCAGCAGAUCACCACUAGGAGCGGGCCACGCGACCCCCCAUUCCGGCGCAGAGCCCACUCUCGCCUCCCUCCUUCGGCACGCCCCAACAUUUGCCCCGUCGUCAUCCUACCAGCAUAGCGCGGUCACCCUGAUCUUCGACACGGCCCAUUGCUCAGUCUGUCCUUCGCGGACCAAGAUCGCCCUGUUCCUGCCGCCAGAUGCCAGCCCGGAGACUCUAAUACCAGCCCACUGAACCCCAACAGGGAGCAUCGCCCUUCUCGCCUGUUACUCAGAAACACUCCUCCUUGCCUAGGCCUCAGCAAGCAAGGUGCUGGGCCAUGGACACGAGCAAAUACAUAUCGUUCUUGACAUAAUAGCACCUGGAUUCUUUAAGCACCAGCCUGGCGUAUGUGGCACACCACCCACACUCAGCAUGGAACACUUCCAAAGCCAACAAGACGCAGACCUCGUCCUGGCUCAUCUGCUGGACGACUACGAUGACGAUGAAGAUGAUGACGAUAUCAACGCCCCUCCGUCGUCCCCAUCCCCAGGCCGGACUUUGUUGCCAUAUCCCAUUGCCAAUGCAGUCAGUUUCGCUACUCGCUCCACGUCCAUGGCUCUUCGCGUCGGCACAUUCGUUGGUGGCAUUGGCCUCGGCGCCGCCAAGAUGACCACUUUGUCCAGUCUGGAGCUCGGCCGAGGGAUCAUUGAGGGCAUCAUCAGCAAGACUGGAAGAAACGUGGUCGCAAGGUCACGGUCUGACCUCGCCAAGGCCGAUGCUGAAAACAUUCUCGAGAGAAGUCUUGAAGCCCUCCACGCAACCAUGUCCCAGGUUGUCUUCUGGACCACAGCAGGCUUCUAUCUCACAAGAACAACCAUGUCGAAUGUCUCCACCACUUCACAAAUCUUGCUGUCUGUCCUCGACCAGUUCUUCGGGUCUACAGACUCCUCGAGAGCAAUUGCUAGCAUCAUCACGCUUGUUCGCCGGGAGUUCCAAAAUCCUGCCACGGGCGUGCAGGGCGAGAAGGUUGGUGUCGCGGAUCUGGUACUUGGCACUCUGGGGCUCGCAUACUUGCAGAUCUGGUGCCGUAAGCUCAUCAAGGAAGAGUCUCGGCGGCUUGGACAGGAGGAGAUCAUCUGGGAUGUGGUCGUACUGGAUGGCGAAAGAGUUGAUGUACAUCAUGACAGCUUAUAUGGUGUGCAUCCCGGAUCAUAUUUCUCGCCAAGCCAGCUGGAAACCCUCAAUGACGACUCGGACCCCGCGCAAGAUGCGACAGACGACGACGGCUUACCUGAACAUUUUCUCAGGCAACAAAUAUUGCGAUCGCUCCCCAAACAUGCCAACGUUUCAAUCUCCACAGCCACCACAAUCAACAAGACUGUAACUGUGGAAGUCAAAGGACUGCAGAAACUGCCACCACAGAUUAGCCUGCCGGGACUUGACAUGAUUGAGAAUGAGGUCCGCGCUCCCAGCAGAGCAGGCUCGCCGAGUUCAGAGACCACGUACAAAUUUGUUUAUCGCGCUGUGCAGAACAGGGUGAGGACACAUCAAGGGCCACAGCAUGACGAACGGGAUGAUCGCUUGUGGGACCUACAAGCAUCAGAAGAUGACGAAGACGAAGACGUACUGCAAAUUGUCUCUUCACAUCUCGUCAAUGAUGGAAGCCGCGCUCGACCAACAAAGACCAUCACAGAAGAGCACGGCGUUCCUCGGCCGAAGCCAGAGCCUCCGAGUGCACCGACAGCCAGCCCCAGAUCGACCAACGAAAACACUGCCAACCAGAAAAAGACCAGGAAACCUCUCGAAGAAGACCGUCCAAUGAGUCGCAUCGGCACGCAGGCCCGAAAUUCCCAAGGCACUGCGAAGCAAGCUGGAAGUGAGGUGACGGACGCUACGCCUACCACGAAAAGACCCAAGCUGAAGGGUGUACUAAAGACAGGAUCGAUGUCGUCAUUCAGCGGUCUGCUCAACAAAGACCAGCCUGGAACAAGCAGUAAAACCAAGUCUUCCUUGAAACCGCCGUGGGGAAGCAGCAAAGCUUCGCAGUCUAAAUCGAGCACCAGCGCACCUGCAAGGAACCCAGCUCCAAAUCGAGCUUCGCUAGCUCCACCACGCGAUUCACCUCGAGUUGCCCAAAGGGGGGCGCCAAACUAUUUUUCUUCCAGAGAUCUUGGGAUUGUGGACGACCAACCUCAUCUCCGCAGGAGCACGUCCAUAUCGAGCCUCGUCUCCGCAUCUGGCAGGCGACGACGCAACUCUGUCGUUUCCCAGGCAGAGUCAUUCUCGAUUCAAUCAAGCCGUCCCGGAUCUCCGAGCAUAUACAGGGUGGAACAAAGGACUGGUCCCGGCGGUUAUUUUGGGCAUCGAUGGGAUGACGACCACGAACAAAUCCCAAGCAGAGGCCACAACCGUAACAGAUCGCAUCUGUCGUACGCUCCAAGCAUCCAGACUCUGAAGACGUCGGCCUCUCAAACCUCUCUGAUUCUUUCGACUUACAACCACAAGAGUGCAUACAGCGACUCGGAAAACGUUGAUGCUCUACGUCGCACAGGAAUCAUAGAUGGGAUCUUUCCCAAUUUCCAUAUACUACGGAACAUUACACGAUAUAGUCGGUAUGCUUCGGCGGCAUAUGGCUCCAAUUUCCUCCGAUACAUGGGCAUCUCAAAGGACAUGCCGAUCAUGAAAACGGUUGACGACACACAUACGGAUGUUCGCUAUUUCACCCAUCAUACUGGCCUUCCGGUGGAUAGCAUUCUCUUGUCCUCAUUUGUCGAUCCUCAGGGAGGCUCCGACUACACAGGCUCCACUGAUACUGGAAUACCCCUGGUGCAUACCAUCGCCCUUGAUGAAGAAUCGAAAGCCGUCGUUCUCGCAUGCCGCGGAACUCUGGGAUUCGACGAUGUCCUCGUUGACAUGAUGUGUGAAUACGACGAUUUAACUUGGCGUGGUAGAAAUUACAAGGUGCACAAGGGCAUCCACGCAUCAGCUCGACGUCUUCUGUACGGAGGUGAUGGGCGAGUUCUUCUGACACUCAAAGAAGCUCUCGAAGAAUUUCCCGAUUAUGGCCUCGUCCUCUGCGGGCACUCCCUGGGUGGAGCUGUCACAGCACUGUUGGGAGCAAUGUUGGCUGAGCCUGCCACGUCAGGGACAGCUUUCGUGACGUCGGCUCAUCAGCAUACGCGACUCUUGACCGACAAACCAGGGACGACAGCUCCGCCACCAAUCUGUCUUCCAACUGGCCGGCCCAUCCACGUCUAUGCGUAUGGCCCGCCUGCAACCAUGUCGCCAUCGCUGCAAAGAGCAACGCGCGGCCUCAUUACGAGCACGGUUCACGGAAAUGAUCUAGUGCCGCAUCUUUCGCUCGGCGUGCUGCACGAUCUGCAAGCUGUUGCACUUGCCUUUAAAACCGACAACAACGAAGCCAAGGCCGAAGUGCGCCGGCAUAUCGUACAAGGGCUGCAGACCGGCCUUGCAGAUAAAUGGUACAACAACGCACCCAAGGCAGCCAGCGGAGAGGAGGAGCAGUGGGCAUUUGCCGCGCUAAAGACCCUGCGCGCCAGCAUGAUGAGCUCGAAGUUGCUGCCUCCUGGCGAAGUCUUUUCUGUGGAAUGCUCGGCUGCUCUACGCAGGGAUGCGUUCCUCAGAGCUCCAGAGGAACAAAUCGGACGCCCUGCGACAAGGAUUGUGCUCAAGUACAUCAGGGAUGUGGAGACGCGCUUCCGCGAGAUUCGGUUCGGUGCGAGCAUGCUCAUGGACCACAGUCCUGGUCGAUACGAGGAUGCAUUGAGGCGGCUUAUGCUUGGGGUGAUAGGGAUCAACCUUGCUUAA